GGCCAGAGUAAACCGACCGCGAAAGUCCAUACCCAAACAAGCAGAAUUGCAGCAGAGAAGCACGAAAUUAACUGAACAGCGAGGUGAACACUGCAUCAGUUCCGACAAUAUUCAGUAAUGCAAAAUUCGUAUCUGAUGCCAAGGAGAAAUCGACCCUGAGGGUAAUAGUUUUUUAUUUUAUUUUAUUGUUGCUAUAACACUGGGUUCUUGAGGUUGUCAAAGUUAUUUAUUCUGAAAUAAGGAGUGCAGUUUUGACAACUCUAGAGGGUACUUAUCCCUUCGAUUCUGAUAACACAUCUCCAAAUUUGAAAGGUAUGAUGCCGAUGACAUGUUUAAGCUCAAUUGUUUCUCCUCUGCCCCUGUCACGAAUAUCUGAGAUGGAUAAAACAAGAGCCCUUCUAUGGGGGAAUAAAUUAUCAACAAUUGCAAUAACCGUCUCACUGAAGAGAAGUUGUACCCACUGCGUGAUUAAGAGAUCCAAAUUUAGCUCAAAAGGUGGUGGUCCCAUGGAGAAGAAAAAAGGGAAGAAGACAACCGGGAAGAAAGAGCAUCACUUGUGGAAAAGUAGAGAUUCAGCUCAGUCUGGCCAAAAGGCCCUCACUCUUGUUAGAAUUGUUUCUAAACUCCCUAAUGAGAAAGAAGCUGUUUAUGGGGCAUUAGACAAAUGGACAGCUUGGGAAACAGAGUUUCCAGUGAUUGCAGCAGCUAAGGCUUUAAAAAUCUUGAGGAAAAGGGGUCAGUGGGUUCGUGUAAUUCAAGUAGCAAAGUGGAUGCUAAGCAAAGGACAAGGAGUAACGAUGGGAACGUUUGACACUCUUCUUCUGGCAUUUGAUAUGGACCAGAGGGUAGAUGAGGCAGAAUCAUUGUGGAAUAUGAUCAUACAUACCCACUUGCGCUCUGUCUCUAAAAGACUGUUUUCUAGGAUGAUAUCGAUAUAUGAUCAUCAUGAUAUGCCGGAUAAGAUCAUAGAGGUAUUUGCAGACAUGGAGGAGUUGCGGGUAAAACCUGAUGAAGAUACGGUCAGGAGAGUGGCAAGAGCCUUUAGAGAACUAGGCGAAGAAGAGAAGCGGAAAUUGGUUAUAAAACGAUAUGGGAUUAAAUGGAAGUACCUUCACUUCAAUCGUGAACGGGUGAGAGUUAGAACCGAAGCAUAUGAUGAUAAUGAAUCAAACAAUUGAAAUGGGUAAAUCAAUCUAUGCCCAUGAGGACAUUACUUGUUGCGUUCUACUGCAGCUGCAUCAGUGGCUCAUCAAUCUGAUGCAUUGCUGUGCAUCCAGGUCCAACAUAGCCACGGAUCAAUCAGAAGUUGUACUACAUUGAGGGAUCGGGGCUCUGCACCCUAAAUUAAAAAAACGACAAUGUUGUAAUGUAUAGAUACUUAGUUAGCUAGGCAUGUAUUCAGAGCAAAACUUGUUGUGAAUAUAUAAGAUUUGAUGUCUACACUCGAAACUAAUUUCUUAGUUCUGCA